GUCAGCCUCCUCCAGUAAAGUCACCUCCAUUCUUACAGCCCUUUAGCAGAAAGCCACUCCUCCGUUUCUUCCACCCACCCCCACACAGGUUUAGCGUGCAGCUUGGUCUGAUGCAGAGAGGAAGACAGCCGAGACAGGAUGAGACUCUGAGGACGACCACCGCUCUCAAGGCAGGAUGGAGAUGUGGCUCAAAGGCGCAAUUGUUGCGUUGCUAACAGUGAUAGGAGCAACCCUGGUACUGACAAGAGAGGACCGACUAAAUUUGGUGGAAACAAAUUAUACGGGAAGAAGAGAAAGAACAGUUUCUUCAGGCUCCUCUCUGAAAUUGCACUGCUGUUUGACUCACGACAAAGCUGAAAGAUGUCACAUCUCUUGGCAUUUUGAGUCCUCUGGAAAAAAUCUAACUGAAAUGGAAAAAAAUAAAACCCUCUGUAAUCAGACUAUAUUUGCAAAUUGCAGUUUAGUUGAUAUAUGUUACAACAUGACAUGCAACUUAUCAAAUAUUAAUGAAUCAGACACUGGAUGGUACUAUUGUAAAGUCAAAGUAGAGAUUCCCAGACUAAGUGAACUUCAGAGCUACAAAACUAAAGUCAUAGGUAAGUAUUGCUUGUCACUGCAAAACUAACUUUUCACUACAAGCAGUAGUGUUUGUUAUUUGAGAGCGGUAACACUGUAAUGUUUUUAUAAACAGUGUAAAGUUCGGAUUUUCAAUGCAGAAUAAUCUGUCAAAAUGUCGCAGAAAAUUGACUACAAGCUUUAAUUGCUCAUGGCUAUGCUAAUUUUGCUGCUUUGCUUAGGAAUAACCUAAUGAAUGAAUUAAUCAACGUUCCAAAAAUUAUGGCCUGCACUAACCCAAUGAAUGCUUCUCAUGCCGCUUUGUUACAGUGGAGAACUUUAUGGAAAACACAACGGUUCAGUCACAAACGACGAAAAGCCAAGUGACCAGCGAAAAAGAAGACCAUGACCAAAGUGAGAACUUGUGGAUGUGGAUCAUCGUGGGGGCGUCUUCUUUCGUCCUUGUCGUGAUCGCCCUGCUGGUCAUCCGUGUUGUGCAGAAAAGGGGAUGCAGCAGAAGCAUAGAGGAGCCCAUCUACGCAAACACCCGUACUGGCAAGCCGUCACCCCGGCUGAUGCCUGCGGACAACCCGAAGUCAGCUUCCUCCUCUCAGGACUUGCGGACGCCGAUCUCUGCCCGGGGGUACGAGGGCGGAAACCAGAGAUACAAAUACUGAGGAGCCUCACAGACCGACAGACUGACAUUAUCCAGCUGAAUGCGAAGUCAUGAUACAUUUCUGUUUCAUACUUUUAUGCAAAGUUAAGCCUUCUGUAAGUGAUGGAGAAGUGGCCUUUGUUGGCCACUAGAUGACGCACUUUGAUGCUUUUAUGAACUUCUAAACUUUUUAUUUUUAUUUUUUUUACAUCUUAGCAUCUGUGUGCAUGAUUAAAUUGUAAAUAUUUUUUUGCAUGUUAAGUGAACGAAAUAAUGAGUUAUAUACAGAUCUAAUUAUUAU